UGAGUGAGGGAGGUUAGAUCGUGUGUGUGUGGCUUGUUUGAAACUGGGAUCAGAAGAGAGGGGCUGUAAGAACAGGGUGGCGUGUGUUCUCGUCCCUGCUGGUCGGGGUACGAGUAGGGAGCUGGCCUCCCCAGAUAGAUGCUUUUGAAUCAAAAUUUGUCAUCUUUAUCAGAAAAAUUAAUGCAAAUGGAAGAGGGAUACCGAAGCUACUCCGAGCACGCUGCUGCCGCCGAUGUGAUGGAGGUGAAAGGCUACAUUAAGGAGUUCACCCGCCACUCCAACGACGUGUUGCUGAACUUAAAUGAACUGCGGCAUCGGGACAUUCUUACAGAUGCCACGCUGCUAGUGGGCACCGCCGAGCUGCACGCCCACUGCGCCGUGCUCAUCGCAUGCAGUGGAUUCUUCUAUACUCUCUUCUCUCGUCGAGCGGCCGGUGCUGGCGGUGAGCGGGGGUUUUCUCUCACCCUGCCGGUGGGGCUGGACGCAGGCAGCGUGUCCCUGCUGCUAGACUUCAUGUACACCUCCUGCCUCCCUCUCACGCCCCGGACAGUAUCUGAUGUGCUCGCAGCUGCCACUUAUCUGCAGAUGGAGCAUGUCGCUGACACCUGCCGAGCAUUUAUUCACAGUGAAAGGAUCUCUGUCAGUCCUUCUUUGAUGGAGCCAGCCUCCAGAACGCCCCUUGGUGGAAGGUCACCCCCUGCUCAUCCCACCAUCUUUUCCUCCCCCUCCAGGCCUACUGCUGAUGCAGAAGAUCCCAUCCCAGACCGAGCCAGAGUUCCAAGUGAGAGCUUUGCCUCGCCAGAUCUAGAAACUUGCCUGAUUGCUAUCCCCAAGUCUCAGACCCCACAAUUAGAGGAAUCUUCACCUGCAACCCCAUCCACACCAUCUCCAGACAGUCCUUCUCAUUCCAGCGGGCAGCCCAACUCACCUGCUGAGUCCAGCGGCUGCAGUCUGUCUCCCCAGCUAAAGAAGCGAUCUGAUUCCAAGCCUACUCCUGACCCAAAGGCCUGUAACUGGAAGAAGUACAAGUAUAUUGUCCUCAACCCUCUGUGUGCCACACCUAUAAAGGAGGAGGGGCCUGGAGAGGAGCGGCAAGCACAAAGCCACACCCCCUUUGCCAGUGAUAAGAUGGAAGCCUCAUCUAAAACAACAAAUAACAUUUGGACAGGGGAGGAGCCUGGACUGAAUAACAGGAAAACCUUGUCUCUUCCAAAUAACACAUCACAGCAAAAAAUAUACUUUAGUCCCCAUCAUGUUGUGGACAGCAGUUUGCAGCCCCUGCCCCUUUCAAUCAGUGAGAAUAAAGGUCUCUGCAGUCCUUAUGUUUGCACCCAAACUGCCAAUCAGAGUCAUUUACUGGGCCAACACCCAAUCAAGUUCAAGAACCUCUCUACACAGCUCAGUUACCCUGGAAACCAAGCCACAAACACAAAACCUUCCUGCUCAGGAGACAAGCCUUACCGCUGUAAUGUGUGUGGAGCACAGUUCAACCGGCCUGCAAAUUUAAAGACUCAUUCCCGCAUCCACUCUGGAGAAAAGCCCUACCGCUGCGACACAUGCGGAGCCAGAUUUGUCCAGGUAGCUCACCUGCGUGCCCAUGUUCUGAUCCACACUGGGGAAAAGCCGUACCCAUGUAACACCUGCGGAACACGUUUCCGCCACCUGCAGACGCUGAAGAGCCACCUGCGCAUCCACACUGGAGAGAAGCCUUACAGCUGUGAGAAAUGUCACCUGCACUUCCGUCAUAAGAGCCAGCUGAGGCUUCACCUGAGACAGAAACACGGCGCAAUCACCAACACCAAGAUCCGCUACAAGGUUCUGGUUGACCCGUACCAACCUGGGCCCACACUGCUACAAGCUUGCUGAGGGGCACGUCGAAACAUCUCAGGCACCGGUGCUAUAUGUGCUUUCUUCAGAUAGAUCAAGAUCUAAACUGGAGAUUUAUGCUGAAGAUGGAUCUAUAAAACAGUAUUGUAAAGAGUUUAAAGAGGUGGAGUGCUGCAUUCGAGGACAGCUUGACUAUAAUGAAUGUAGUCUUCCAAGAAUGCAGUACUCCUGCACUAGAUGUGCUGACUAUUAUCCUUAUUAUUUGUUCAAAUAUUAUUAUUUAUUUGGCUUUGCAUACUUUAUGUUCCUCGUGCUAUUUAAUCAUAGUUUACGCUGUUGCAAAAAAGUAUUUUGUUGUCACAUUGGCCACUUUUUCUGUGGCAGGAAACAUGGUGAAAAUCAUUGUCAAAAAAAGGGUAAAGCCCUAUUCAGAUGGUAAUUGUUCCCCUGGGGAAUAUGAAAAUAUUGUGACAAUAUGAUAAACAAUUAUUGUCCAAAUAAGGCUUAAGUCAGUAAAAUACUUCAGUAGAUAUGGAAUGUUUUUUUUUGCUCUUAAGACUUAAAGAUGGUUUGUGGCAGCGUGUGAAGAAGACGUUUAUUAGGAGUUCAUAUUGGAAGUGUAAGAGCUGAAUGAAAGUGAAAAUGAUUGGAUAUAUGGAAUUCUGCAAGAAAGUAAGAACGAUUAUGAAAGGAAGAUAGAUAAAGAAGAAAGGAAGUGUAAUGAAGGAAUUAAGCAUGUUUGAGAAAGAACAGCUAAAAGAUAAAUUUGUAUGAUUUUUUAAAAUUAAUAUGCUGUCAUUUUAUUUAUUUAGUUUGCUUUCCCCAAAAGUAUUGCUCAUAUUUGUUCAUGGAUCCUUUCUGGUGUUUGUACUAUAUUCUGUUUCCUAUUUAAGAAGAUAACAGAACAACCUGAAUGGCAAACUCAAAUAUAACCUCUUAAUUGCUUAUUUACCAGUUAUUCAGUAUAUCAGUAUACUAAUUAAAAAGGCCUGGAGCCUAUUUGUAUUUAAGUAAGAAGAAAGAAAGAGCAUUUGUAGAUGAUUAGCCUCUCAGUGUAUCUUUUUAAUGAUACCUAUGUUGAAGAGACCAUUUCAUGAUUUUUAUGGUGUAUUAUAGUUGCUGAGAGUCCAAGCAGGUCGAGGACUCACACUAGCCAAACUAAUAUACAUGUAAAGAGUGAUGAUGAUGAUGAGGAUAAUGAUAUCAACAAUAUUAUGUUGUGCUCUUUUGCUGGAC